AUGGCGCUUGUCGGUCUAGGAAGGGUCGGCAAGACUCAAAUCGCACUGCGUUUUGCCUACCGGAUCAAAGAGAAACGACCAGAGUAUUCGAUCUUCUGGGUGCCAGUUCUGAGCGCUGAAACUGCAGAACGUGCGUAUGGGGACAUGGCAAAAAAGCUUGGCCUGCAGAAGAGUAGCGAAGACGAGGAUGUGAAGGAUCUAGUUUGUCAGCACCUCAGCUCAAACAAAGCCGGCAAAUGGCUCUUGAUCAUUGACAAUGCCGAUGAGGAGGAACUUAUCUUUGGAUCUGCUGAGAAGCCAGGCUUGGAAGAGUAUCUUCCUCAGAACGAGAAUGGUAUCAUCCUUUUGACGACACGGUCUGGCCAAGUCGCCAAUGACUUCGCUCAGGCUGACGUGAUUUACAUCGAGCAAAUGGAUCAAGAAGAAGCGAAAAACCUUUUCGAGAAGUCUCUAGUUCAAAAACAUUUGCUUCGGGACAAAGUAGCGACUGGUGAGCUACUCGCAUAUUUGACCUUCCUCCCACUGGCUAUCACCCAAGCUGCCGCGUAUCUCAAUCAGAACAGAGCGCCCAUACAGACAUAUUUGGCCCCCUUGAGAAACGCCGAGAAGGAGGAUAUGAGAAUUCUUGAGACAGAGUUCCGUGAUAACACUCGAUAUAAGAAUUCCCAAAACGCUGUCGGAACAACGUGGAUUGUGUCUUUCCAUCAGAUGCAAAAGUCAAACCACAUUGCUGUUUACAUUUUAUCAUUCAUAUCUUGCAUUGAACCAAAGGCGAUUCCCCAAUCAAUAUUACCUGAUAUGAAGCCUUUCGAGUUAGAAGGGGCCGUUGGCGCACUUUGCAGCUAUUCGUUUCUGUCUCGCAGGGAGGGAGGCGAUAUGUUAGAUAUGCACAGCCUUGUACACACGGCAACACAGGCUUGGCUUGAGAAACUCGGUCGAGAGAAGCAGGUGUUGAAAGAUGCAGUAUGCCACGUUGCAGCGAGGUUCCCCACAAAGAAUGAUGCUCACUAUGGCUUGAGAAGGGAGUAUCUUCCACACGCGAUGCGGCUGCUGAACCGGAACCACGGGGAUGAGGCAGUGGAAGUCUAUCAGCUUUUCGAAAAGGUUGGAGACUCCUUUGACGCGGAUAGACGAUUCAAAGAAGCGAUAAGGUGUUUCGAGGAGGUCAAGGAUGCAAUUGAGAUACUCAAGCAUGUGGUAGAAGUUCGGAAAGAGACACUGGACGAGAAGGACCAUAAUCGACUUUCAUCAGAGCAUCAACUUGCAAGCGCAUACCUCGAUGACCGACAGGUCAAGGAUGCAAUUGAGAUACUCGAGCACGUAGUUGCGAUCGAAGCAGAGAUACUAGUAGAUAAUGACCCCAGUCGACAGCUGUUAGUAGAUCUAUUGCAGGACUGCUUCAAAAGGUUGGAAGUGGCUUCUGAUGACAAGGAUGUCUGA